CGAAGGGUCCUGCCAGCCUAUGAUUAGACACGAUCCACCGAAUCACCGCACUUGGCCUCUCAAUUUCGGGAAUUGCAUUCGUCAAAUCCAACGGUAAUACUCCGUACUACUGACCGACUAGCACUGACUCCAGUCUAGUGACUAGUCAACUCAACUAGUGAAUCCAUCAUUGAGAUUUUUUCUACCGGUGACUCCAUCAUGGCUCCAUCUGCGGUCCCCAGUUCAUCAGGGGAUCAAAUAAAUACACCAAUGCAUCCGAUGCAGCAUCCCAAAGAAUGUAGUCGUGAGCAGACAGACACACUUCGACCAUGGACCACCCACCGAUAACCCCCCAACGGGGCCCCCAAGUGCCCCUGCUGCGUCAGAUGCUUAACGGGCUGGGCUGUCUGCUGGUGCUGCCCCUGUACUACUACCUCACCGCCGCCACCCGCCAUCCCCUCACCCUAGACCUGCUGCUCACCAUCCUCGCCGCCGAAUACAACCGCUUCACCAACGAGCGGCGCCGGCGCCGCCUCUACCAGCCCACUGCCGCGGCCGCUGACCCCGAGAAGCCGCGGGACGCGCACAGCGGACCGGACUGCAUUGCCGCCGUGGUGGGCUACCGCGAGGACCCGGGGCUGUUUGCGCGCGCGCUGAACAGCUACCGCGCGGCGGAGGGGUGUCGCUUCAUGCUGGUGGGGAUCGACGGCGACGAGGAGGCGGACAUGGAGAUGGUGCGGGUUUUCCAGAACAUCCACCCCACCGCCCCAACCAUCCACCUCGACACGCCCCUCGGCGACAUCGCCACGCGCACCUUCGACAAACUCGCCACCGCCGACCUGCACGGAUCCCCGCGGGAGGCCUACCAACUGGCCAGCAUCGCGCACUGCUGCGACCUGGCGCGCGAGAUCCUGGGAGAGCACGACCUCCUCUCCGGCCGCGGGCCGCAGCAGGUCUGCAUCUACCAGCCGCACCACAGCAAGAAGGCGAUCAUGUUCACGGCCUUCAUCUUCAGCCUGGUGCUGGCGGACGCGCGGGGGAUCGAGUACCUGUGGUCGUCGGACUCGGACACGCUGGUGUACGCGGACUCGCUGCGGCGGACGGUGGCGACGAUCGCGGGCGACCCCGCCGUGGGCGGCGCCAGUUCGGGCCUGCUGGUGCACAACGCGGGCGACUCGGUCGUCGCGCAGCUGGGCCGCAUCGUGUACUGGUGCGAGCUGUACCUGACGCGGUCGGUGGCCACGGCGGCCGGCACGAGCGACUGCCAGAGCGGGCCGAGCUCGGCGUUCCGGGUCGCCGCGCUGCCUGGGAUCCUGUAUCCGUGGUACACGCAGGAGGUUUGGGGGCAUCGGAUGAUCGUCAACGAAGACCGCCACCUUACCACCAACCUCCUCCUCCGCGGCUGGACCGUCACAUAUGUGUCCGACACGUUAACAGCAACGGAUACGCCCACCAACCUCCGCAAAUGGAUUCUCCAGCAGGUCCGCUGGUCCCGCUCCGGCCACAUCGAAUCCCUCCAAUCCCCGCACCUCUACCUCCUUACCUCGCCAUUAUUCUUCUGGGCGGCCAUCAAGCGCGAAGCCGGGCCCCUGCUGGGCCUAGGCUACAUCCUCUACUACCUGUGCACGGGCGCGAGCCUGGCGUAUUUCUCGUGGACGGAUCUGGUUGUUCGGCUCGUGUACACGGUUCUGUACAACAUCCUCCGGAACCCCGAUCGGGGGGUCCGGAAGGCAGUGCUGGGGGUGGGGUUGCUCCCCGCGCUGCUGUUCUACAAUAUCCCCCUGCCGAUUGUGCAUUUCUGGAGCGCGGUGACGGUGCUCGAGGAUGGGUGGGGGACCAGUAUGCGUUCUAAGGAGGCGGGGGUGGUGCCGGAUACUGGGAUGUGGAAGCGGUGGAAGGAGCUGGGGUUCUUUGUGGUGUACAUGGGGAUUGUGGCGGGGGUGGCGGCGCGGAUCCUGGCGGGACAUCUCGGGUAUGCGGUUUUGCAGACGGAGCGGGCGGUUUGGGGGGCGGUGGUCGUCGGGUUUGCGGGGGCGUUUUGGGGGUUGGUGGUCUGGGAGUAG